AUGGUUUACAUCAACCUAGAGCAGGCUCCUAGUCCCGAUAAUAUAGCCCCGUACUCCCGCUUCUUCUUAUCAAGACGUAUCCACUACAGGAGGGGCUGUAAGCCGGCAUGGGGCCAAUCACGAAGUCGCGCAGUGAAACGAUACUUUCAGACUUUUGUCGCCGGCUUCAUGCUUCUCUCCAUCACGCUGCUCACUGUCAAGUCUGUCAUCUUUGGAAGAUUACGCUGGAGACGGCACAAUCCCCCGCCACCCUUCGGCGAUUGGGAUCGUUCUGAUAUCCCCUCACCACAUCUUUCAACAGUACUCCUGGUAGUUACGCAGCCAAUUUCCUCAAAAGAGCAGCGGAAAUUAGAUGAUGUUAUUACAGACACGGAGCGCCUAGCAAAGUUGUCGGGGAAAGGCAAAACUUCCAUCAUAUCUGUCAAUAUCCCGCGCCAGGAAGCCGAGCAACGUUAUCCGCAUCUCAAAGACAAUGUGACGGACUAUGGUUACGCGUACACAGAUGCCGUUAUUGACAGACUUGUGCACGCUGAAGCCCAUCCCAAAUCAUCCACCCUGCCGGCCUGCGAGUACAUUCUCUUUACCAACGGCGACAACCUCUACUCGUCUCGCCUCGGAAAACUAGUCAUUCCUCUUAUGAGGAACAAGGUGGAUUUGAUAGGGUUCGACUUCCUGUCUGGUCACGCUACCCCGGACACAGAGCAUGAUCCGGAGAAUGGAGUCUUCGAUGACGGCACUUUGCGACAUAUUCCCGUCAAUUUCAAGACUAACGGGAUCGAUUUGGGCUCGUCAAUUCAUCGUUUCUCGGUGAUACGGGAUGGCAAUCUUCGCUUCUUGAACUUGAGCAAUGUUCAUCCAGGGUUAGACGCGGACACCGCAAUGGAGAGGCUCUCCAUGGCAGACGGGACUUUUGUGGAGAAAAUGGCAGCGGUGAGCGACUCCGCCGCACGGGUUCGACAAAUCCUCCUGAUGCAUCAGUAA